AGCACUCCACAAUCCACAAACCACCAAACCACAGGAUCCUCCCUCGCCCUGCCUUUCGUCCAUCAUAAGAGAGAGCUUUCUUUCUCUUUAGUUGGACCGUCCUUGAUCUAUCUAUCCAUCUCUCUGUACUCAUUAAGUGAUUUAGUAAUGGUGUGGCCCACGACUGUCGAGCUCGAGACGGUGUCUCUGGGAAGUUUCACGCCGUACAGCGUGUUACGGACGACUUUGCGUCCCCAGAGCGGCCGGCAACAGUACGAAAAGCACGUGAUUGUCUUUGGACUGUGCUGGAUCGACGUACAACUACUGGCGGCGUGUACCAGCCAUGGGGAAAUUGUGAUUUGGUCGUUGGAUGAUACUGCGACCAACAAUACCAAGCCAGUAUUCCGACGGCAGGUAUCCAAGGGCAAGCUGUAUUCUAUUCAAUUCUGCGAGAAAAAGAGUCCAGGAGAGAAGAGUCUCUUGAUUGUCUGUGGCGAUGAAGGAGUACUGCUGUAUGACUGGGAGCAAGAUAUCUACAACAAGAUAAAUAAUCCAACAGAAAACAAGAAGCCAUUGACUCCAUUGACAACAUUCUGCCCACAUCCUUCUCCCCUGGAAAAUGCCAAAGUGGAAGUGAACGAUUUCCAAGUCUUGAAGAAUAAUGGCAGUAACCACCACCUAUUGGGGGCAGCUGGUGAUUCCUUUGGGGUGUACAAGUGGGAUAUGGAAAGUGGCAAGCUCGUUGCCAACUAUGCGUCUCCCGAGCGAAAGAGCAUCUACGCGGUCCAAAUGCUACCUUCUUCCUCCGAUAACUCACAGAUUCUACUGGCCGGAGGGGAAGGAGGAAAAGUGCAACUGUGGGACACUACCAAGGACCAAUCCGUCGGUGCCAUUGACACAUCGGUGGAUGCGACCAAAUCCACUACUAGUCUCAGCAGGUCUUCCAGUAAACGCGCCAAGCUAUCGUCCCGAUGGAUUUCCAGCAUUUGUGCGUCGGAUCCCAAUUGGUUCACCGUGGCCGGCGGCAAUACGGCACACAAGAGUGGCCACACCGGCUUUUUGGCCACGUAUCAUGCUCCCACUCGAUCGUUGGUAUCGUCCACGGAAACACGAGAAACUCCGCAACAAAUUGCUGCCUCCAGUCAAAGUCUGGUCUGCGUGGCCAAUGAAGGCAUUGUCAGUCGGUACAAUGCCUUGUCGUUGGAACAACCAACCGGGCGACAAUGGUGCACGUCACCGAGUUCGUAUGCCGCUGCCGUUUCGAGUGAUCAUACUGCCGUUGCGGGUGUGGGGUGUUUUGUGGACGUCUUUGAUAGUUUGGGAGAGAAAUGCCAACGAUUGGAAAUUUGCUAGCUAGCUGAUAGUAGCCCUAUUCGUUGUAUUUGGUUUUCUACCAGUAUCCAGUUCUACCGUAUGAUGCGAGGGGAAGUUGUAUGGCG